CGCAAAAAAGGGAGAAGAGGAAGGAGAGAGGAGAGGAGUCCAGAGGGCACCAGUCGCACGUGCAGGGCUACCCAGAUCUGAAAUCGAGACGGAGAUCCGCUGUUAGUCGGCUGGGAGUAUCUCGUGUGUGGUGUGAGGAUGAACUACGCCAAGAGCAGGCAAAUCGCCAGCCUGCGGCAGAUGGUGCCAUCAGGUGCGACCACACAGGCACGCCAGAAGAUGCUUAUGCUUACCUUUGGCUCAUACAUGUGUGUGUUGUGUUGUGUGUGCGUGUGUGUGGUUUGGCAGCGGUGUGUCUGCAGCCCGACGAGAGUCGGUGGCAGGUGCAGCUCGUCAACCAACAGUUCCACACCAUCUGCACCCUACAAGUGUAAGCCACAAAGCAGAGGACAGCCACGUGGCGUUCGUCACACAUUCUCACGCUGCCUGCCUGCCUGCCUGUAUGUCUGUCUGUCUGUCUGUGUGUUGUCCAUCCUCCAUCGCUGUCUGUCAGGCUGUUGCCGGAUCAGUUCCCCUCGGUGGCUCCCCGGAUCUCUGUCACAGAGCGCCUCGAGCACCCAUGGCUCAACGCAGACCAUGUCACUGGGUGGGUGGGUGGGACAUCAUACACACACACGCGCGGACAGGCACAAGAAUGACGUGCCGAUUGCUUUGUCGAUACUGCGUGCGUCCGUCCAGUCAUCCCGCCCUCCGUUCGUGGAACCCCCACUGCCAUCUGGGCACCGUGGUGUCAGAGAUCGUCAAGGAGUUCACCCGCAACCCACCCAGACACACGGCCGGCCCAGCCACGGCGGCGGCUGCCAUCCCCUCGCGAACCACACAACCCGUGGGAGCAGCCAGGUGGGUGUGUGUGAAUGAAUGAACCACCCAGCACACCAGCAAGAACCUCCCGGUGUGUUGACUGAGUGUGUUGUCCUUCCUGUUCGUUCGUUGAUUCAGUUCGGACCGUUCAGUUGGCGGUGUCCAGCAGCCUCCCCCGCCCCUCUACGGCCAGAGCGUUUCGCCCCCUGGCACGAGCGGCCCCUCCACGCCCUCCAACCGGCCCCGCACACCACUCCCACCAUGCCCAGCUGAGUUCGAACGCGUCAAACAAAUGAGGUAGGAUGCGGUGCGGUGCGCCGAUCAGUUUUGGAUGGCAUGGCAACUGUGUGUGGACGGAUGGUGUGAUGGGUGUGGAUCGUCACGUCAGUUUGGCCGAGUUGGAGUUUUACAAGGACAACCCCAACUGCCUCGAUGACCUCAUCACCGAGUCAGAGCAGGUCAGAGUCGACAACGAGGGUCUUCGGGUAUCCUGUGUGUGUGCCUGUGAAGUGGAUGUGGCAUUGGCAUGUGGUGUGUGUGCAGCUGCAGCAGUAUGCCGCGAUGACGAGCGAUUUGAUCAAGGCCAACGCUGAGGUCCUCGAGAAGAAUCUCGCACGACAGGUGAGUGAGAUCGCCGACACGGCAGACACGGGCGCACACACACACCUGUUCUGUGUAUGUGUGUGGUCAGCAAGAGGUUGAGGAGGCCCAGAAGGCCGUCACGGAGAAGUGGACAGCCCUGCAAGCCAGAAAAGCUGAGGUCGGUGACCGCAGAAGACAGACAGACAGGCAGACAGCCAUGUGUGUGUGUGUGUGUGUGUGUAUAGGUUGAGGGGUUGUUGAAGGAGCAGGACGCCCUCAUGCAGCGGUUCAACGCCCCCCAGAUGGUAUCCGCAUUGGCUGAGGUACGUAGCUACACGCGCACAGACAAGCCUCGGCGCCUCACUCACCUGACUGACGUGUAUGUGCCUGCCUGUCUGCCCGUCACACACAGGAGGCCCGCGCAGACUUCACUGCAGCCGAGGAGGUCAAGCGGGUAAGCAAGCACCAGGAGGCAGGCAGGCAGGCUGAGGGAGGCGUGUGUGUAAGAUUGAUAUGUUGCCUUGUGUCUUGCGUGUUGGCUGGCUGGCUGCAUCUGUCGAUGGAUCGAUCACUGGCUGCAGGAGUUGUUCAGCGCUUCGAUCGACCUGCACACCUUCAAGCGGGCGUACCUGCAGCAUCGCAAGGACUUUCAUCGCAAGAUGGCCAAGAAGGAGAAGCUAGAGAGACAGCAACAGUAGUCAGUCAUCAAUCGACGAGUGAUGAUAGUGUGUGG